GGUACAGAGAACACCUUCUACACCCAUCUGUCUGAGCCUCUGGUACAGAGAACACCUUCUACACCCAUCUGUCUGAGCCUCUGGUACAGAGAACACCUGCUACACCCAUCUGUCUGAGCCUCUGGUACAGAGAACACCUUCUACACCCAUCUGUCUGAGCCUCUGGUGCAGAGAACACCUUCUACACCCAUCUGUCUGAGCCUCUGGUGCAGAGAACACCUUCUACACCCAUCUGUCUGAGCCUCUGGUGCAGAGAACACCUUCUACACCCAUCUGUCUGAGCCCCUGGUGCAGAGAACACCUUCUACACCCAUCUGUCUGAGCCCCUGGUGCAGAGAACACCUUCUACACCCAUCUGUCUGAGCCUCUGGUGCAGAGAACACCUUCUACACCCAUCUGCUUGUCAUCGCUCCGAUAACACUUAACGAGCAGGUCAACUCGCAACACCCGCUGAUCAUACGUUAAAACAUCCAAUACUAAUCAUCUCUAUCUCAGGCUCAGUGAAUCCCUCUCUCAUCCCAUCCUCGCAUCGUGGCUCAGUUAACACCUAUCUACUUAUCUACUCGCCUACCCGGGCCUGAGUUAUGGCUCCACAUACCUAUCUACUCGCCCCCCCUCCCCCGCCGAACUGAGUUAUGGCUCCCAAUAUCUAUCUACUCGCCCCCCCGGUUCCACAUAUGUAUCUAUUCCCACCCCCUCCCCUAUCGAGAAUUACACAUCAGCGUCUCAUGACUCAACGUGCUUGCCCCCUUACCAUAGUGACCAUGGGAAUGACCUAGGUGUAGGGCUCUGGGAAUCCUGGUGCUGGAGGAAGGUCGUGAUGGCCAGUAAUAUAAAACUGGAGAGCCACGAUCAACGGACCACACGCCGUCUGCCUCACCUCACCACUUCACCUGUGGUUAAUAUCACUGCAUCUCGCAUUUGUAGUUCAAGGAAAGAUGAGACCGAUUGGAGCAUGCUGGCGCCUGCUGCUGUUGGGUGUUUUGACAACUGGUGUCCACGCCGAAGACGAGUGGUCAUGGGGUCCCGAGUCCAGUCCUGCACCUGCUGCUCCUACCGCAGAGUUCCCUGGCAUACACGAGGCCUACCAGGAGUCACGUCUCCUCCCUGGCGAUGACACCCACCAGGAAAAAGUAGAGGGCAAGCGAGGAAGAUUCUUAACUCUAGGAGAGAGGAUGUGCGCUCUGGGCCUUGGUGUUUGCAAGAAGACCUAUCCUCCGGCAAUUGAGUCUCACUACGGGGCGCCACCUGCAGCCCCCACCAGCAGCUACUCCACUCUCCCCAACGACGCCUCCCACCCUCCACACAACACCCACAGCUCACCACCACUUAAGGGAUCACCUGCAGGUUUCAAACCAUUCUUCAUUCCGCCUAAAUCGUUAGUCGGUUCCACAGUCCUCAACCCAUCAUACAACGCGCCAGAUCUUCACAAUUAUCCACCAAAGCCAAUCCCCACAUAUGGCGUUCCCACUCAUAUUAACGCUGGUUUGAAAUCAACUUACACUGCUCUGGCCCCAACUUAUGCUGCUCUGGCCCCAACUUAUGCUGCUCCGGCCCCAACUUAUGCUCCUCCGGUCCCAACUUAUGCUGCUCCGGCCCCAACUUAUGCUGCUCCGGUCCCAACUUAUGCUGCUCCGGUCCCAACUUAUGCUGCUCCGGCCCCAACUUAUGCUGCUCCGGUCCCAACUUACUCUGCUAUAUUGACAACGUACGGACCUCCCACUGUGACUUACACUGCCUCUGAAUCUUCCUACUUUGAUGUUCAAGUGAAGCCCUCAAGCCUAGUUCACCACCAGCACACUCACACACACAUCCACCAAGGUGGUAGUGUCCCCGAGAACAGUAAUGGUAUCACCCAGGCGUCCGUCCCUUUCUCCCGCCCCUCGCUACUCCUCCCAGAGCUAGAAGCAGAAACGCCCUCGCUUCACCUGCCAGGACCCAUAGUGGAAGCAGAAACGCCCUCGCUUCACCUGCCAGGAUCCACAGUGGAAGCAAAAACGCCCUCGCUUCACCUGCCAGGAUCCACAGUGGAAGCAGACUCCCUCGUGUACCUCGAGGACUGCCUUUGUGUGCCGGCCACCGCUUGCUCUGUUAAUGAUAUUGUGGCCCGCAACUCGUCCUGGGACUACAGCGCACUUAUCGACGUUCGUUCACGAAGCUCAGAUAUUCUCUCCAACGCCACGGACAUCGAAGACGACGUGACAAAUACAGUCGUCCCAGAGAGCGAGGACACCACCCAGACGGACACAAGUGAAGACUCCCGCGUCAAGAGGGACAUCCUGGGUGCUGUUUACCACCUUUCUGACGACAACAUUAACCUCCAGCAUCGCCAGCAAGGCAAUGACCCAGGUGUAAGUGGCUGCAGAGGGGACGACGUGUGUUGCCGCAGCCCCAGAGUCAGCCAGCACCGCACACAACACAAGUGUGGCCGUCGUCACGCCCAGGGCCUGCUGGGCCGCGUCAAGAACUCACACUUCGUCAAAGGUGACGCAGAGUUCGGCGAGUACCCGUGGCAGGCAGCCGUCUUGAAGGUGGUGGACGGAGGAGACGUCGUGUACGUGUGUGGCGGCGCGCUCCUCGACCACCAGCACGUCCUGACUGCUGCUCACUGCGUCAACAGUCUUCAGGUGUCACAGUUGAGGGUUCGUCUUGGGGAGUGGGACGUGAAGACAGAGACAGAGUUCUACAGUCAUCUGGAGCUGCCAGUCGCCACCGUCCAAAGUCACCCACAGUACAACGCCGGGAACCUUCAUAACGACAUCGCUCUCAUCACUCUCAAAACUACUGUUGACUUCUCAUCUAACCCGCACAUCUCGCCCGUGUGUCUGCCAGACGCCUACAGCAGCUUCGUGGGUCAGCGCUGCUACUCUACCGGCUGGGGGAAGGACGCCUUCGGUACGGAUGGGAAGUACCAGAGUGUGCUGCAGGAGGUGGAGUUGCCCGUGGUUGAUUACCACCAGUGCCAGGAGGCCCUGAGACACACUCGCCUGGGACCCAGCUUCACCCUCCACCAGGGCAUGCUGUGUGCUGGCGGCGAGGAAGGUCGCGACACCUGCAAGGGUGACGGAGGCGGCCCCCUAGUGUGCCCGGAUCCCGAAGGAAGGUCGCACCUGGCUGGUCUGGUCUCCUGGGGCGUGGACUGCGGCCUGCCCGGCGUCCCAGGUGUCUACGUCGACGUAACCUACUUCUUGGAAUGGUUACGUCAGGUGGGAGUCGUCUCCUCUUACUGACCUUCGCUCUCGUCAUUGCGUCACUAUCUACUACGUCAUGUGACGGCUGAUGGUUUCCAGCUCAUUGUGGAGCUCUGUUCGGGUAUCAUCUCGGAUUAUCUUUUAACUGUAUAUAUAUAUGUAAAUAAAG